CAAAACACUACAAAUAUAUAGGUUGACAAGAUUAGAACAACAAAUUUCAAACAAAAAGAAGGCUAGAACAACAAUACAAAAACUAAUGUAUGUAUAAUAGACUAAUCACUGAAAAGAAAUUCAUUAUACAAUUGUAUAAAUGUAGUAUAUAAUAUACAUAAUUAAAUGCACGUAGGGGAUUGGAUUAGGUCGGUACAAGAACCACUUAUAGAACCUGCUCGCACGUCAAAGAAACAACUUUUACUUUGUAUAUACUAAAAAACUUCUUUUAAACAAUAAUUUGACUUACUUUCUCUAGUUCUUAUUCAAUGGUUCUAUUUGCGAAAAAAAAUCAGUGAAAUUAAACAAAUCCUAAUCAUUAAUCAGCACGGACAAAAGUCUCCAAUAUAAAGUGGAAAAAAGGAUGAUGGCCUUCACGUAGUCACCACCACUAUUGUUGAAUAGGCACUCUAUAAAGUUUGUCUCUAAUUCGAUUACUUCAUCAACAAACAAACAAAUAAAACAAACCCUAAGAAAACCCAUCAAGACGAAAAAAGAAACGAAAGAUGGAUCUAUUCUCAAGUUCUUCGAGCUUAAAGAAAUUAUUCGCAAUAGUUUUUGUCGCUUUCGCCAUCUCUAUUGAAUUCGUCGCCGGAUAUUACAGGCCCAGCCCGUGGAGAUACGCUCAUGCCACUUUCUACGGCGAUGAAACCGGUAGUGAAACCAUGGGUGGUGCAUGUGGGUACGGAAACCUGUUUAACAGCGGCUACGGCUUAGACACGGCGGCGCUAAGCACGACGUUGUUCAAAGACGGUUACGGGUGCGGCCAAUGUUUCCAAAUAGUCUGUGUAAACUCGAAACAUUGUAACUAUGGACGCCCAUCGACAGUGGUCACAGCCACCAAUCUUUGCCCUCCUAAUUGGUAUCAAGACUCCAACAAUGGUGGUUGGUGCAAUCCUCCUAGAACUCAUUUCGAUAUGGCUAAACCGGCUUUCAUGAAACUCGCUUAUUGGAGGGCCGGUAUCAUCCCUGUUGCAUACCGCAGAGUCCCAUGCAAAAGGAGUGGAGGCAUGAGGUUUCAAUUCCAAGGCAAUUCUUAUUGGCUUCUCGUCUUCGUCAUGAAUGUUGGCGGCGCCGGAGACAUAAAAAGCAUGGCCGUGAAAGGUAGCCGGACUAAUUGGAUAAGCAUGAGCCACAACUGGGGAGCGUCUUACCAAGCUUUUUCCUCUCUCUACGGACAGUCCCUCUCUUUCCGGGUCACAUCUUACACCACCGGUGAAACCGUCUACGCUUGGAACGUUGCUCCGGCUAACUGGAACGCCGGUAUGACUUACAAGAGUGGUGCCAAUUUCCGCUGAAAAAACAAUCAUGAUAUCGACUUUUAUAAUUUCUCUCUUCUUUUGUUUUGUUUUGGGUAUCUUUACAAGUUUCGGUGGCCUUCUGUUGUUAUUGGCCCGGCUUAUGUUAUACAUGAAUGUAUAAAGUAUGUAUGCAAUUGUGAUAUAAAUCUUCACAAUAGGAGUCAUGAUAAUGAA